UCAUCGUUCGCUUUGUUUCAGUUCAGUUUACGCAAUCAAUGAAUAAUGAAGUGUUGCUGCAAAUCGGAAUAUCGCGGUCUGAUCGCUAUCGCGAUAGUGGCCAUAAUUGGCAUAUCAACAGGUGUCCAACCCGUGUCUAGUGCUAACAUACUUGGUGUAUUUCUCAGUUCCAGUCCCUCACAUUUAAUCGUGCAUAUGUCGAUAAUGCAAACACUGGCCGAAAACGGUCACAACAUCACCGUUGUCUCAACUUUAAAGCCGAAAAUCAAUCACCCGAAGAUACACAAUAUCGUUAUUGAGCCAACGGAAGCACGUCAAAAAGAGAUGGAUGAGGAAUUAUCCGUUUUGGGAGUGAAAAAGCAAAAUCCACUUGUGAUGAUGAUGAAAUUCUUUAGGGCUGAUAAUGCUAUGAUUACCUUGCAAUUGGAUGCCGUGAAGAGUGAAAAAUUCCAAUCAAUUUAUAACAACAAAUACGAUUUGGUUAUAAUGGGUUAUUUUAUAAAUAAUUUCCAAUUUAUCGUACCUGCCAAACUGAAAUGCCCGGUGAUAAUCAGUUGGACAGGGCCACCAAUGGAGAUGAUAAACGAUUUUGUUGGUGUACCACAUGAAGUAUCGUAUGUACCGUCUGUAUUUACCCCGCACAUAAAUGGCGAAGUAAUGAGUUUUGGGUUACGUCUCUUUAAUUUCGUAUCCAAUGGCUUAUUGCGCUUGGCUACCAACAUCAUGGAUAUUACCUUUGAGGGACUAUAUAAAGAAUUAGCAGCCGACGACCCGACGCUACGUACAUUUUCACAGAUGAAGCAAAACGUCUCAUUAAUUUUUUGCAACAGCCACUUCAGCGAGGGACCCAUACGACCGCUGGUACCAAAUUUGGUGGAAAUCGGUGGCAUACAAAUCAAGGAAAAGCCAACGCCUUUGCCUAAGAAUAUUGCUGACUUUUUGAAUGCUUCCAAAGGUAAUGGCGCAAUACUCUUUAGUUUGGGUUCAAACAUGAAAAGUACCAGCAUACAACCGAAGACAGUCAAUAUAAUUUACAAAGUACUCUCCUCAUUGCCACAAAAUGUGAUUUGGAAGUGGGAAAAUUUGGAUAACACACCGGGUAACGCAUCGAAUAUACUCUACCAGAAAUGGUUACCGCAAGAUGACAUACUCGCCCAUCCUAAUCUCAAACUGUUCAUCACGCAUGCCGGCAAGGGUGGCAUGGUGGAAGCUACGUAUCACAGUGUGCCUAUGGUUGCAAUGCCGGUAUUUGCUGAACAACCCACGAAUGCGGCAAAAAUUGUUUCUUCCGGUUAUGGCCUGCAAGUGGAUAUAAUAAAUUUGAAAGAAAAUGAGUUCAGAGACGCCAUAUUGGAAGUGCUUCAUAAUCCAGUGUAUCGGAAUAAUGUGCGUCGAUUUUCAGAACUAUAUCGAAAUCGUCCAAUGACAGCUAGAGAAAACGUUAAUUUUUGGGUGGAAUAUGUGUUACGUCAUCAAGGUGCUGCACAUAUGCAAAGUCCAUUAAUUCAUUUGAAUUUUGUGCAGUCCAAUAGUUUGGACGUUAUAUUAGCUAUUUUGCUAAUUCUCUACUUGCUGUGGAAGUUGAUGAAAUUUACUAUUAAGCUUUUAUGUAAAUUAAUCUAUUUAGCCAUAGGAACACUGAAGGCAAAAAGUUUGAACAAAUCGAAAAGGGAAUGACACAAUUGUGAAGUGUAUUUCAUAUAACUAAACUUAUAUAUGUUUUUUGGGCCUAUAUUCAGUCAUGGAUCUGAAAAGUUCUAGAAUAACUCAUUUGUUUUCAUUAAUAAAGGUUCCAAAUUGUUACAUUUAUACUCACACAAAAUGUUGCAAAGAGA